AUGGCAGUCGAGGACACGAAUGGCGACACCAAGGUGGUCAAGAAGCCACGCCUAGAAGAGCGCCUUCCCCGAAUGAAGGUUGAGAAGUACCGAAGCUUCCAGAACUGGUACCAAAUCCCAUUCGAUGAAAAGUGGCCUAAGCGCUCCUGGCCGGAGAAACGGAUCACGAAGGCACCGCGCUGGUGCACUGUGGACCUUCGCGAUGGCAAUCAGGCGCUGAUCAACCCGAUGAACCACGACAAGAAGUUGCGAUUAUUUCUGCAUUUGCUGAAGUUGGGCUACAAGGAGAUAGAGGUUGGAUUUCCUGCCGCCAGCCAGACAGACUUCGACUUCAUUCGUUACAUCAUUGAUGAGGGCUUGAUUCCGGAUGAUGUGUGGAUCCAGGUUCUAACUCAGUGCCGAGAGCCGCUCAUCCUUCGGACCAUUGAAGGCGUGAAAGGUGCAAAGAACGUUGUGAUCCACGUCUACAACUCCACCUCUGAACUGCAGCGGCGAGUCGUGUUCAAGAAGGGCAGGGAGGACAUCAAGCAGCUUGCUCUGGAGAGCGUUGGCCUGGUGAAGAAGCUUGUUGAUGAGCGCAUGGCGGGCAUGAACGUCCGUCUAGAGUACUCACCCGAAAGUUUCACCGGCACAGAGCUCGAUUUUGCGCUGGACGUUUGCAACGCCGUGGUUGACGUGUGGUGGAAGCCAACUCCGGACCAGCAGGUCCUUUUCUGUCGCCAUUCGUGCAAGAAGCAUGUUUACGCUGAUCAGAUUGAGUGGAUGUGCGCCCACAUCAUUCAGAGGGACUGCGUGUGCAUCAGUGUGCAUCCACACAACGAUCGCGGCACCGGAAUCGCGGCAGCAGAGCUUGCUAUCAUGGCAGGAGCUGACCGCGUUGAGGGAUGCUUGUUCGGAAACGGUGAACGCACUGGAAACGUGUGCCUGGUUACCUUGGCCCUGAACAUGUUCACUCAAGGCAUUGACCCGGAGGUGAGCUACGUUGCGUUGGAGGAGCCGGAGACCAUCAAUGUGGCAGAGCACUGCACUGAGUUGAAGGUCCCGGAGCCAUGGCCCCAGCACAAGCUCCUGCUGCAUAGGACGCCGGUGAACUUCCUGCUCUUAUUUCUGCCUGGCCCGCCGCGUAUGCAUACGGUUUGGGGCACGUUGCUUUCUCGUGUGGUGCCUUCCACCUGUGAGACGGUUCCUUCGUGCCUGAAGUACCUACUGGACAACAAGGCACCGAGUGGACCAGCGGCUGACUUCGCGCUGGAAUUCCUGCUUCGCUUCAUGGCGCUGGAGCUGCUCUUGAGCCAGAUGCUUUGCCAGCGCUUCCAGGUUUCCAGCACGCGACUGUGGGAAAGCCUGGCCUACCAGAUGUACAACCUUCCUGACGCUGUCCAUGAAGCCGUAGCAUCUACAGACAGUGGUGAUGAGGAUGCUGCACUUGACGCUGCUUUAGCCUUGCGCAAAGUGGUCCAGUGCCUGAAGGACCUCCAGGGACUGCUUCUGUCCAAGGGCGAUGAGCUGGACAGUGCAUGGGAUCUUCAGGACUGGGCCUUCUCAAGCCCCGAUGAGAGCAAGCUUUGGGGAACGGACAGGGCCCGAGGUUUGGUAUGGACCAUGGCCGAGAGGUCGAGACGAAAGGAUUCUUCAGUCUGGAAGAAUGGCAAGUGCUGCGCGUUCAUUGCGAGAACAUCUCCUCGGCUUAUGACGCGUCUCUUACAUGAGCUGUUGGAAGGAUUCCAGGACGCCAAGUUCCAGGAAGGGUACCAGCUGCUUAGGCGAGGUGCGCAGCACAACAACAACAAUCACGCAUCAAUGGUACUCCUGACAUUUGAAGUUCAGCAGAAAGUGCUUCCAAAAUUCGGCUUCGAAGCCUCGCCGAAAGGAGUUAUGGAGAUGAGAUGGGAAACUGGUUUGCAUGCUGAUAUGGGCGGCGCAAACAUGUCCUGUCGGGGUGACAAGGUUGUUGCCAGGCUUCGUCGUGAUAUCCACUUGUGUUUAGACAUGGACGUCAACAAAGCUGAUCGUUUGCCAAUCUUCCAUACAGUGGGUGAUAGUCACUCCUGCUUUGGAUGGCCAAAGUUUGUCAUCCAGCACUGGCAGGGGCCACUUCUUGGUUUCAAUGUUCAUCGAGUUGACCUCCGAAAGCUUACGCCACCGCUUCGGGAAGGCGAUGCCGUGAUAUUGUGCUUUGGAGAGAUUGACUGCAGGUGCCAUGUGCACAAGCAGAGAUACAAGGACCUUCAGGGCAAGGACCCUCGACCUUACCAAGAAGUGAUCGACGACAUCAUUUCGCGUUAUGUUAGCCAUUUACGCACGCAGACGAGACCAGGAAACCUGCCAGCUGGAGUCAAGAUUUUUGUGUUCAACGUGCCACCACCGGCGCGUGGCUGUGAUGUGGCUGAAGUCCCCGAGUUUCCGUUCAUUGGUGAAGACUCGGACAGGAAGAACUAUGUGCUGUAUUUCAACAAGCGCUUGAAAGUUGAGUGCUCAAAGUACGGCUUUAGAUUCUUCGACGUGUACGAGCAGUACGCAGACAGAGAUGGGUUCUUGUCGAGCGAAUAUUCCGACGGAAACGUGCACAUCGGCAAUGGUAUUUGGCUUGACAAGUUUAUUGCUGACCUGAACUUGAAGCCAUUCCGCUGUUCGCAAAUCAACUUGCCUGAGCAGCGGUACCCAUGGGCGGGAAGUUUGGUCUACACUGCCUUCUCUGGGUCUCAUCAGGAUGCCAUCAAGAAAGGUCUGGAGGCCAACAAGAAGGAGAAUAUUUGGGAAGUGCCAUACCUUCCCAUCGAUCCGCAGGACAUAGGCCGACAUUACGAGGCAAUCAUUCGGGUCAACAGCCAGAGUGGUAAGGGUGGUAUUGCCUACAUCCUGGAGCAGGAGUAUGGCAUUGCGUUGCCCAAGGAGUGCCAAGCGGAGUUCGCGCAGGUUGUUCAGAAAAUUUCUGACAAGACCAGCAAGGAGAUCUCUGCUCUGCAGAUCUACGAUGCUUUCAAGCAGACAUACGUGGAUCCUCAGGAACCUAUGUCGCUGUUGGACUAUGACCUGUCCACUUCCUCCGCGCAGAAGGAGGAUGAUGUGACGCUGAAGGCACGGGUUCGAGCGGCUGGCAAGGAGCAUGAAAUUGUCGGGAAGGGCAAUGGCCCGGUCUCUGCCUUCGUGGCCGGGUUGAACGAGUUCGCUCGGUUCUCAAUGGGCAUGGAGGUCCACCUGUCAGACUAUCAUUCGGAAGCGCGGAGCCAGUGCAAAAACGCAGAAGGGUCUGAAGCCGUUGCAUCGGUGAGAUGCCAGGCCGUGGCUUCAGCAAACCAGACUCGUCAAGGCAGAGCCAGAUUUGGCGUCGGGCUGCACAGGAACACGAACACAGCUGUGCUGAAAGCGGUUGUCAGCGCGGUGAACUGUCUCAGUGCCGCUGGUGAUGCGAAGCUUUUUGCUUGA